AUGGCUUAUCCUGUCAAAAAGAAAGCAAACAAGCCGAAACAUCAGCCAGAUCCUCAGUUUGCCUUCAAGGUCACCAGUGUAAAAGAGAAACUUGGAAGCAGACAGAAACAAAGAUUAAAGAAACGUAUUUUGACUGAUAAAACUGCCAAGAAAACAAAGAAAACCAAACUUGUCAACGAACUUGAAUUCAACGAACCACAUGAAAAGAGAAACCUGUUUGAUGAAAAAGAUAUUGACUUAGAUACUGCGGACGACUUCCCAAAGGUCAAUGAGAACUUAGACGAUCUACUCAGCGAUGAAGAAAUGCAAGAGCUCAAUGAUGACAGCGGCGUCGGUGACAUGCCAGGAGAUGCGGCAGAUCUUAGUGAAACUGAGGCAGAACCUGUUGCUACCAACUUGGUCGAUUCCGAUAAACCGAGCCAGCAGUUAGAUAUGGGUCACCUAGUCCAGAGAAUUAAGGACUUUUCAUAUAUUCUCGGAGACUUCAAAGCCCGUGCGCCUGAAGGUCUCAGUCGUAAAGCUUGUAUAGACACGCUGCUUAAUGAUCUGUGUCAAAGGUACUCCUACAAUAAGUUUAUGAUAAGCCAGCUAUAUGACUUAUUCCCGAAAGAGGUAAUUCGUUUGAAUUCUUAUUUUCGGAAGCUUCUUGAGGUCGUUGAGUCCAAUGAAACCGAUCGACCCAUAACCAUUCGCACAAAUGUUUUGAAGACCAGACGACGUGACCUUGCCCAGGCGCUGAUCAAUCGCGGUGUAAAUUUAGAUCCUCUGGAACCCUGGAGCAAGGUUGGGCUUGUUGUGUACUCAUCGCAGGUUCCACUUGGCGCUACGCCGGAGUAUUUGGCUGGGCAUUACAUCUUGCAGGGAGCCUGUUCCAUGCUUCCUGUCAUGGCAUUGGCGCCUAAACCAGGAGAACGCAUUCUUGACCUAUGUGCCGCCCCCGGUGGCAAAACCACCUAUAUCGCCCAACUCAUGAAGAACACCGGCUGCCUCUUUGCCAACGACGUCAGUGCCGAGAGAGCAAAGGCUCUUCUGGGUAACUGUCACAGAAUGGGCGUUGUAAACACCGUUGUUUGCGUCGAAGACGGCAGAAAGUUCCAUCACAUUAUGGCUGGCUUCGAUCGAGUCCUCCUGGAUGCCCCUUGCUCCGGUACAGGCGUCAUCGCCAAGGAUCCUUCCGUCAAGGCACACAGGACUGAUGAGGACAUAAAGAAGUGUGUGUUGCUUCAGAAACAGCUCCUAAUUGCGGCUAUUGACGCCUGCAAAGUUGGUGGUUACAUAGUCUACUCGACCUGUUCCAUUAUGGUUAGCGAAAACGAAGGCGUUGUUGACUACGCACUGCGGAAACGGAAAGUGCAAAUGGAAGAAACCAACCUGUUUGGUGAAAAAGGAUUCAAAAAGUUCAAAGGACUCCACUUCUCACCGAAGAUGGAUCUGGCUAGGCGGUUCUACCCGCACAAGCACAACGUCGACGGCUUCUUCGUCGCUAAAUUGAAGAAGAUUGAAUGA